AGCUUUGUGGUUGUGUGUCUGUCCUCAUUUGUUGUUGCAUGUAUGUGGUUCCUUCUCAGUUUCUGCAGAGGCCUGUGGUUUCCYCCCCACCACCUACAGGAUGCACAUGAAUAAUAUGUUAAAUCAGUGGACAGACGUCUCCAGGAUGUGUGAUGUGGACUCGUCCUCGGAGCCCAGCAGUCCCACCCUGUACGGCGAGUCUUCAGACAGGUACUACCAUGUGGACCGCUGGCAGAAGCUCCGCACGGCCGUACGCAAACUGGAGUUCUGGGAAAACUUCCGAGCUGAACUCAUCGGGAGCGGAUUCUUCUCCAGAGUCUACAAGGUGGUUCACAGCACUACGCGGAAGGUGAUGGUAGUGAAGAUCUACAAAAAUGAUGUGGACCAAGACAGCAUCGUGCGAGAGAUCAGCCUGCUGCAGAAGCUUUCUCACCCCAACGUUGUCAGUCUCUCUAACAAUGAUGACAUAAUGAAUCCAUCAAGCUUUUAUUUUUUUAAGUUGUACAUAUACGCUGCCCUCUGCUGUCAGAUUCUCACGUUGCAGUUCUCUUCUCGUCGGUCCCUCCAGAACUGUUUGGUCCGAGUGACUCCUCGGGGCUGGGAGGCCUUGGUGACAGAUUUUGGGCUGGCGAGGGAAGUGGUGGAGCUGCCUGUGAAGGAUCCUGGCAGGAAGUUGUCAUUGGUGGGCUCGGCCUUCUGGAUGGCYCCUGAGAUGCUCCGAGGAGAGCCGUAUGACCGCAAGGUGGAUGUUUUCUCCUUCGGCAUCGUUCUGUGUGAAAUCUUGGCCAGGAUCCCGGCCGACCCAGAG